CAUAUCGAUAACAUUUUAUUUAUAAGUGAACUGCAUAACUCUAAAAUAUUUGAAAGUACAUGAAUAUUUAUUGUUGGUUCAGUUAUUUUGGUCCAAUAUGUGGUGGUGGUUUUAUAAUAACUUAUUUAGAACCCAGGACAAGCUUUUUGUUUACUUAAUACUUACAAUACUUGCAGUCCAAGUAAAAAGCGCGAUUUAUACAUAUGAAGAUGUGGAGUUGAGGCGAAUUUUCCCAAACGAAUUCCCUCAGGAUACAAUCCGUAAGAGCGGAUCAUUAGAUGCCGAACAAUUAGGACGAUAUGCAGAACUCGAAAGGUAUUUCAAAUAUCCCAAAGCUGACGUAAAUAGCCACUUUGAGGAAUUAAAUUGCUAUCAAAAAGGCAAACGUAAGUUUUGUAAAGUAGAUCCUGACCGUUACACACGGGACGAAAACCAAUACUUUUUGUCAUCUAAAGAAGAGAGCCACGUCGACCGCCGCCGGGUUUUCUGCUUCAUGUUAAUUUGCUUCACCGAAGACGAGCUGGACAGAGUUAGUGCUUCGUUUUAAAUUUCACAAUAAAAAUAAUUCAUGAUUUA